CGCAUCACUGAUCAUCAACACUAGGAAUCCAACUAAUACCUCGUAAUUAGUACUGAUCAUCAACCGUUCUUCUACCUUUACUUUUUUACACCCAUUCAAUUCAUUAAUGGGGACCUGGGUAUACUGACCAUGUGUUAUAAAGGUCACCCAUCCCAAUCUCUUCCAACAGCCUCAGCCUCAGUCCUUUUGACAUACCUAGAUCGAACCAAUCGAAUGACAUUGAAUUACCGUCACUGUCACUAUUAACUAUUAUCACCACUAACAUUACACCCCAUGGCCGAAAAUCCUAAGAAAGGUGUGCUCGACAACACACAAUAUGUCGAUGAGCGUGUGCAUGUCCCCGAGGCCGCCGACGUCGGGGUUGGAGAGUUCAAUCCCCUGCAUCGAAAAUUGAAGUCUCGACAUCUACAGAUGAUUGCUAUUGGUGGAAUCAUUGGCCCUGGUCUACUCGUCGGAUCGGGAAACGCUCUACGCCUUGCUGGCCCUGGUGGUAUUCUCAUCAGUUUCUCUCUUGUUGGAAUCAUCGUCUUCUUCGUUAUGCAAUCUUUGGGAGAAUUGGCAACUCUGAUUCCCGUCACUGGAUCCUUCACCGACUAUGCUGAGCGAUUUUACGACCGCGCAUUGGCAUUUGCCCUUGGUUGGGCAUACUGGUAUCUUUGGUUAACUGUGCUCUCCAAUGAAUACAAUGCAAUAUCACUCGUCGUCAUGUAUUGGACGGACACGGUGCCUCAAUGGGCUUGGAUCUUGAUAUUUUGGGCUUUGUUCAUAUCGCUUUCCAUGCUCGGAGUUUUGGCGUAUGGCGAAGUCGAAUUUUGGCUCAGUCUGAUCAAAGUUAUAUCCAUCACCAUCUUCUUCAUCAUUGCCAUCGCCAUUUCUACUGGUGGUAUAGGACCUCAAAAAAUCGGUUUCAAGUAUUGGAAUGAUCCAGGCGCCUUUGCGGAUUCCAUCAAUGGAGUUGCUCGAACCUUUGUCAUUGCAGGUACGCUGUACGCAGGCACGGAGAUGGUCGGAAUCACGGCUGGAGAGUCUUCCAAUCCUCGGCGGGCUGUGCCUCGGGCCAUUAGGCAGGUCUUCUGGCGUAUCCUGAUUUUCUAUGUUGGCAUGAUGUUCUUCAUCGGUAUUCUGAUCCCUUACAAUGACCCCCGACUCCUGGGAAAAGGCUCGAAGACUGCAGCAUCCCCACUCACAAUCGCGCUAUCUGACGCCAAAAUUGCUCCGGCAGCACAUCUAAUCAAUGCUUUGAUCGUCAUCUCCGUGAUCUCAGCUGGCAAUUCGUCCUUGUACGUGGCCUCGAGAACGAUCACUCAUAUGGCGCGCAACGGCAUGGCUCCAAAGCUUCUCGGUAAGACGGACAAACGCGGUGUGCCGUGGGCUGCUUUGCUCUUCACCAACGUCUGCGCUUGUAUCGCCUUCUUAUCACAGUCCGCAUCUGCCGGCACGCUCUAUAACGCCUUGAUGACACUUUCGGGCGUCGCGACAUUUAUUGUCUGGGCCGUCAUAGAAUUUGUGCACAUCCGAUUCCGUCAAGCUCUGAACGCCCAAGGUGAAAGUGCAGAUGAUUUGCCAUUCAAGGCUCUGUGGUAUCCGUAUGGAACAUACUUCUGCCUUGCGGCCAACAUCUUUCUCAUAUUUUUCCAAGGCUACACAUGCUUCCUAAAUCCAUUCUCCGCACAGGACUUUGUCAUCAACUACAUUCUCCUCCCCGUCUUCGUGCUCUUUUAUGUCGUCUACAAGUUCUGGAACAAGACCGUCGUCGUAAAAGUGCACGAGAUCGACAUCUGGACGGGCAGACGAGACGAAAUUCCGCGCAGUCCUGACUCAGAAGCCAAACAGCGGUCUAUCUGGCACCGGAUCAGAAACGUGGUGAUCGGUUGAGACCGCUUCAUGAGACUUCAUAGCAAUGAUAUGUGUGCUUUGCGAGUCUAGUAGAUCGGAUUGCUUAUAUGAAUCGCUAUCUAAGUUUUUCCAAAAGAUGCCAAGUCGCGGAUAAUAUUCACUUACUAUAUAACUUUCCUCAUUCCCCGUCUAAGACGCUAUAUCGCCAUUGCUGCCCCGCA